GCGUACCAAUUCGGCCACCAGUUGCAGGCUUCGCGGCCGCGAAAACGGUCAGACGGAGGGCUUGUCAAGAAUAAAAUUUUGAGCUAAAAUUCUCGGAAAGAAUACAUAAAAAAUACAAAUUAAAUUGUAAUCGCACUUAGAUAACGUCACUUUCACAGUUCUAUGUUCAUCUCGGAAUGAAUUCGUGAUCGAGCAGAGAGAAUUUGAUCUUGCGAACUGUGCUAACGCGCUAUAAUUAUUUAUUUCUAAUAAAUAAAGGGAGAAAGACGGAUUAGAAAUAAUAAUCGGACAAGUAAUAUGACGUCUUUGAAUAGGAUCCGCGAAUUUGGCGAUGGUGAUCGGGGAAAUUCGCGCGUUUAAAAUUUAAUUGCUUCGGUGUCGGGCAAAUAUUUACACGCGCAUAUUGAAUUCGCCUGUGAAGCCGUUUCUGGUCCAAUGUGCGCAGGGACUAGUGUCGGCUGGAGCGCGAAAUCGAGUCGCGCACUUGGAUGCUAAAUUCGGCGGAUUUGAUUUUUUUUCCUUUUGUGGAGAGAAAAGAGAAAUGACGUACGAUGCGUAACGGAUGAGCAUGUCGCAGAGAAGGUGAAGUGCACGAGAGAAGACGACGCCGAUGAUACUCAGCUCGGUGGAGGAAGCCAAUUUGGAUCGAGGCCAAGCCUAAAGGAAUCUCGACGACGAGGAUGGAGGAAGAAGAAAGCCUUGGCGAAGGUGCAAGCGAUGAUGCAGGUGUUAAAGAACUUCAAGAACUUCGCGAUAAGUACGAGGGAAAACUGACGGCAUCACUUUACACGGGAACGCUAUGCGUCUCCGCUGUUGCCUCGUUGAUCGCUCUCGGUGCUCUGUGCUUCACCGAUUAUCAUGAGCACUUUCACAUGAUUGAUCUAAUACCCGUGUCAGCAUUGACGACCAUGCUCAUCACUUCUUUAACAUUUCUGGUGGUCACGCAAUUAUCCUCAGCUAUGACUUCCAAACGAUCCAGAAUACUGAUAGGUUUAGCAUCCUCCAUUAUACUUGGUCUAGGAAUUUUAAUAUUAGGAGACAUUCUACCCUUGUUCGCCUGCAUCCUGUCAAUAAUCGCCAUUCUGCCUAAGAUGAGGUGGCAAGUACCGCUCAUCAUUGGUAGCAUCUUGGCAUUCGCUUACAUUUCACGAAGACUCAUCUUCGGCGAUCUGUCGAGCUAUUACGAUAUAAUUCAGAUCACAGUGGAGAUCGUGUUCCUUCUAACGGCUGUCCUCGCAGGCAUGUACUACAGGAUCUUGACGGCGAGAGCCCAUCGGAAAACCUUCUCCGGCACGAAAACGGUGAUCGAAUCACGAAUCAAGCUCGAGUGUGAGAGGGAACAACAAGAGCAAUUAUUGCUGAGCGUUAUUCCUGCCUACAUCGCGGCAGAGGUGAAAAGGAGUAUAAUGCUGAAAAUGGCGGAUGCUUGCCAGGAAGCUAAUAAACACAAGCAAACCACGUUCCAAGAGAUGUACGUACAACGACAUAACAACGUCAGCAUUCUCUAUGCGGACAUCGUGAAUUUUACGCCGCUGUCAGAGCAACUCUCAGCAUCCGAUCUCGUAAAGACGCUUAACGAGCUCUUCGGCAGGUUCGAUCAGAUAGCACAGGACAAUCAAUGUAUGAGAAUCAAAAUUCUGGGUGACUGUUACUAUUGCGUCUCCGGACUUCCUGUUUCUCGCCCAAAUCAUGCUUACAACUGCGUGAACAUGGGACUACAAAUGAUCGAUGCCAUCAGAUUUGUUCGCGAAGCUACUGGCUUCAACGUCGACAUGAGGAUAGGGAUUCACACGGGGAACGUACUGUGCGGAGUUCUCGGCUUGCGGAAAUGGCAAUUCGACGUUUGGAGCGACGACGUGACUCUGGCCAAUCACAUGGAAAGCGGUGGUUUACCAGGGAGAGUACACAUAACGAAGGCUACUUUACUGCAAUUGGGCGAUCGGUUCGAGGUCGAACCGGGCGAUGGAGGAUCCCGGGAAAGUUACCUUGCUCAGCACAAAGUGGAGACUUUCCUUAUCGUACCGCCCAAGAAAAGCCGAGAGGAAAAUGGAAUGGAAAACGGUGGAAAUCGUAUACACGGCUGCGGACCAGUACCUUCUAGAUCGAGGCCUAGUAGCAAAAUGACAAAAUACGUAGAAUGUUGGGGUGCGGACAAGCCUUUUGCAAAUAUAGCAGAAGCAACGUUGGCGAAAAAUAUAGGCCUAACAAGUAUCGCAAUGAUCGAAUCGAAUCUAUUGGCGAACAAUGCCAGCUGCUUUGACGCACAACGAUGCAGGCACUGGUGCGGCGGAAAUGAAGAGAUUUCGCCUUUUACUUAUUGGUUCAAAGACAAGAAUCAGGAACAGCUGUAUCGAGACCAGAGAGAUGAACAAUACCCUUGGUACGUCGUAGCCUCCAACGUCGUUUACGCGAUGAUGUUCUGCAUCCAGAUUAUUUAUCUACCAAGAAGCAUCGCGGUUUAUGGUUGCUUCGCAGCUGGCUUAGCAUCCCUGGUUGUAUUUGCCGCAAUUUCGUGGUUUAGUGGUAAAACCGACACUGACAGUACUGAAGAAUCAACAAGUCAAAUAGCGCUUAGCCGUGAAAUCAGGAUAACGGUGUAUCUAAUAACGGCCCUACUAGCCAUCGCAUCAUCAGUCACUAGUCUGAUCGAGGUCGAUCAGAUCGUCGGAAACGACAUCGUACCACUGUACGUGUAUUCCUCGGUGAUAGCCUUGGUGGCUGGCUGGACGCAUUUGAGAGUCGGUUUCUUACUGAAACUGGGUGUAAUGCUUCUGUCCAUCAUCGCGAUACUCGUCGUUUUCUCCCAAGCACCAGUCAUUCAGCUUUACUACGAGAGUCCUGGUGCCAAGUUUUACGGCGUCCAUUAUCUGAUGCAAGUGGGAUAUCUGCUGAUUCUCGUCAGUCUAAUACUCCACAUCCUUGAUCGACAAGUGGAAUAUACAUCUCGGACGGAUAUUUUGUGGAAAAGUAAGCUGAGGGUCGAGCAGGAUGAGGUGGAAACCAUGAGGGGCAUCAACAAAAUUCUUCUGGAGAAUAUACUUCCGGCGCACGUUGCCGACCACUUUUUAGCCACAAGAGCUUCACAAGAACUCUAUCAUGAGAGAUACAGUAGCAUUGCUGUAAUGUUCGCAUCGAUACCAAAUUACAAAGAGUUUUAUGAUGAAACUGAUAUAAAUAAGCAGGGUCUCGAGUGUCUGCGUCUACUCAACGAGAUUAUCUGCGAUUUUGAUAAGCUCUUACUCAAGCCAAAAUUCUCAGGAAUCGAGAAGAUCAAGACGAUAGGUAGUACUUAUAUGCUAGCGUCUGGCCUUAGCCCGGGCAAGGAAGACGGUGAUGGAAAGGAUCCACUAAAGCAGCAAGAUCACAACGUAAUCGUACUCGUCGAGUUUGCCAUUGCACUUAUGACAAUCCUGGAUCAAAUCAAUAGAGACUCUUUUCAAAGAUUCAAAUUGAGGAUAGGCUUAAAUCAUGGUCCCGUAAUAGCAGGUGUCGUUGGUGCUCAAAAGCCUCAAUACGAUAUUUGGGGAAAUACGGUAAACGUGGCAUCAAGAAUGGACAGUUGCGGUGAAAUGGGUAAGCUUCAAGUCACCGAGGAUACUGCCAAGAUCCUCAUUGACGCUGGAUACGAGCUCGUUUGUCGAGGACCUACAUACGUGAAGGGCAAGGGCACCCUUACUACAUAUUUCGUGAAGACUCCUUUCGAUGAUAAAGAGGAUACCUAUUAAUAAUGGAUCACAUAAAUUGUCGGUUCGGAUAAUCAAAAUUUUAUCUGGCAAGAAAGAAAGAUAUUUUUCAUGAAAGAUAUUUUAUCGAUCCUCGCAAGUCUGAAUAAAAGAAGAACAUCAUGAAAAAGGAGAAAAAACGGAGCACAAAAAAGUCGCAGAAAAUAUUCGCAUAAGAAAAAUUAAAUGUUAAAAGCCAAGCAAUUACAAAAUUUUAAUCAUCUAUCUGUUAAUGUAAAACAUUGGUGGAUGUUAGAUUUACUCAUUCAACCCGUAAAUAAGAUUUUAACUUUCUGCGCGAAGAAAUGAUAUAAUAUCACAUCAAAGAAGUGAUAUAAUUUCAAUGAUUUCUUAUUAUAUUUGACAACGUAUUUAAAAAUAUUAACUUUGUCGUAGCUAUUUAGCUGUUAAAGAAUCAAUAAGACACGUACGAUCCAAAAACAAUGUCCAGAAUAAUAUAUAACAUUCAUAAUAAUUCUUGAUGUUUUCUUCUUACAUUUAAUUGACAUUUAAUCGAUCAAGAAGCGCAGCGAUAAGACAAUGAUAAGAAUAAUUAUUGUGUUUUAAAGGUAAUUGUAUUAUUUUAUUGUAUUAGAGAAAAAUGAUGAUCUCAUACGUAGUUUCCAAAAUACUCAAAAAUCAUUACUACCGUAUGAAAAAUUGCAAAUAUCGACUCAGUCCACUUUUUAAAUUAUGACCAAUAAUUAUAAGCAUCGUUACAUCGUACCUGCAAAUAGAUUAACUUUAACUUUAUACAUUUAACUAUGUACAUAAAAUAUCCAUAUGUAUAACUAUACAUGUACAAUUAGUUUAUUUCGGGAGCUACAGCGCAGAUAUAAUUUUUAUUUCUAUCAGUUUUAUUUCUAUCGAAAAAAAACAACGAGAGCUUUUUAAUCAAUCAUUCUGACCAAUAUGAUCGAUGUACGAUAUUGCUUUAUACAGCCAGCAUUGAUUGCCUUUCUUCACGGAUUAAAAGCAUUGUGAACGUGAUCACAUGAAUAAAGGUAUAUUGAUAAAA